AUGGGGUCCAAACUGAUUCUUUGCAUCAUAGGCGUAUUAGUGCUGUCAUUCACAGCUACUGCGCAGACAACUACGACUACACAGUCAGCCACGACGUCCACUGCUCAGCCAACGACUACAACUGCACAACCAACAACUACAACUGCUCAGCCAACCACUACAACUGCACAGCCAACAACUACAACUGCUCAGCCAACAACUACAACUGCUCAGCCAACAACUACAACUGCUCAGCCAACCACUACAACUGCACAACCAACCACUACAACUGCACAGCCAACCACUACAACUGCACAGCCAACCACUACAGCCGCUCAGCCAACCACUACAACUGCACAGCCAACCACUACAACUGCACAGCCAACCACUACAACUGCACAGCCAACCACUACAACUGCACAGCCAACCACUACAACUGCACAACCAACAACUACAACUGCUCAGCCAACCACUACAACUGCACAACCAACCACUACAACUGCACAGCCAACCACUACAACUGCACAGCCAACCACUACAACUGCACAGCCAACCACUACAACUGCACAGCCAACCACUACAACCGCUCAGCCAACCACUACAACUGCACAGCCAACCACUACAACUGCACAGCCAACCACUACAACUGCACAACCAACAACGACGACCGCUCAGCCAACCACUACAACUGCUCAGCCAACCACUACAACCGCUCAGCCAACCACUACAACUGCUCAGCCAACCACUACAACCGCUCUGCCAACCACUACAACUGUCCAGCCAACCACUACAACUGCUCAGCCAACCACUACAACUGCUCAGCCAAUCACUACAACCGCACAGCCAACCACUACAACUGCUCAACCAACCACUACAACUGCUCAGCCAACCACUACAACUGCACAGCCAACCACUACAACUGCACAGCCAACAACUGCUCAGCCAACAACUACAACUGCUCAGCCAACCACUACAACUGCUCAGCCAACCACAACUGCACAGCCAACCACUACAACUGCACAGCCAACCACUACAACUGCACAACCUACAACAACUGCUCAGCCAACAACUACAACUGCUCAGCCAACCACUACAACCGCUCAGCCAACCACUACAACUGCACAGCCAACCACUACAACUGCACAGCCAACAACAACUGCUCAGCCAACAACUACAACUGCACAGCCAACCACUACAACUGCACAGCCAACCACUACAACUGCACAGCCAACCACUACAACUGCACAGCCAACCACUACAACUGCACAGCCAACCACUACAACUGCACAGCCAACAACUACAACUGCACAGCCAACAACUACAACUGCACAGCCAACCACUACAACUGCACAACCAACAACGACAACUGCACAGCUAACCACUACAACUGCACAACCAACCACUACGACUGCACAACCAACCACUACAACUGCACAACCAACCACUACAACUGCACAACCAACCACUACAACUGCACAGCCAACAACUACAACUGCACAGCCAACCACUACAACCGCUCAGCCAACAACUACAACUGCACAGCCAACAACUACUGCUCAGCCAACGACUACAACUGCACAGCCAACAACAACUGCUCAGCCAACAACAACUGUUCAGCCAACAACGACAACUGCACAACCAAUCACUACAACUGCUCAGCCAACAACAACUGCACAGCCAACAACAACUGCUCAGCCAAAGACUACCACUGCUCAGCCAACAACUACAACCGCUCAGCCAACUACAACUGCACAACCAACAACGACAACUGCACAGGCAACAACGACGACCGCUCAGCCAACCACUUCAACUGCGCAGCCAACCACUGCUCAACAAACUACAACUGCUGCUCCAGUCACCACAACUACCGCCCAACCAGCUGCCACAACUACCGCCCAACCAGCUGCCACAACUACAGCACAACCAGCCACUGCAACUGCUGCACCAGCCACCACAACUGCCAAAUCAGCCUCCACCAUAAUCUACACCGAUCCACCUCUGCUGGACAUAUGUUUGGAUCCCACUAAUCCAGCAGAAAAUGAGGUGUGGCUGACUACAGGAAGUACUGACAGUUUCACUUCUCCAAACUAUCCUUCGAGUUACGGAAGUGGAGACGAUAAGGAAUGGGUGUUUUGUGCCGUUAAUGCAGCAGACAGGAUAAUGAUCACCUGCAGCGACUUCCAGGUCGGAGGCUUCUUCUUUGGCUGCACGGAUGACACAUUGCUCAUCACCAAUACCGAGGCAUCCAUCAGCGAAUAUUGUACGACGGACGGACCACAGCUCGUAAAGACGACUUCACGAGGAACCAAAGUUACCUUCACGACCUCAACGUCAAGUCUUUACAAGGGCUUCACCUGCACUGCCCAAGCCGUGAGGGAAACAGACUGCAACAGCGUCACCGACCGAGCAAGUUACGAGGUGUGGUUAGUGAAUGGAAUCAGUGAGACCUUCACAUCCCCGAACCAUCCAGACAAUUAUGGAAGCGGAGACAGCAAGAGAUGGGUUUUCUGUGCUGUUGACCCCAACGACCACAUCCAGAUAUCGUGCAGCGACUUUGAUGUUGGUGGAUUCUUCUUCGAGUGCACAGACGACACCGUCACCAUUUCCAAUGUUGAUUCCAAAAUGCAAGUAACUCAGAGUUCGUUCUAA